ACUUGGGAAUAUCAAAAUGCUUAGAUGAUCCAGCAGCUGCUAGUUCAGUUGUGGUUGGCAUAGAAGCUUAUAUUGACCCACGGUGCCUUAACCCUGAAGUAAAACGCGAUAAGGAAUUUGAUAUUUAUAGCCUAGGUGUAUUAUUUUGGGAGCUUAUGAACGGAAUUCCGCCUCCAUCACGUUUUACGAUCUUAAAUAAAGUUAUAUCUCAAAAUAAAGAGAAAUAUAUUGAAGAAAUUUCUCUAAAUAAAAAGAAUAACGCUACACUCUCAGAUUAUGCUGAUAUUUACAUAAAAUGCUGCUCUUCUGAACUUGACCAACGUCCAUUACUAGAUGAAAUUUCAGAAAAACUUGAAAAUAUAUCGAAGACAACUGUUGAAUUUAUUGAAAUAAAUAAUCAACAAAAAACUGCACAGUCAAAACCAAACUAUUCAGAACAAUUGGAUUCCCCUAAUAAUACGGCCGAAAAUAUUAGUGUUGAGAAGCAUCAUGAAGGUAAUCAAGUUGAUUUUGAAAAUAAUUUAUAUCCAAAAGACGAUAAGAACGAUGGUUAUAAUCACGAUGAAUCAAACGGCAAUAAUCUUGAAAAUAAGAUACACCCAAAGGACGAUACGGCCAAUUAUUUAAACGAACCCGAUUCGAAUAAUGAAUUUGCA